CUCAUAAAUGUGCAGUGUCAGAAACUCCGCGGGCUUUUAGCUUCAGUCUGGGAGCCUUUAAAUCUUGAACAUGGAGACGGCGUGAAGCGUUUCUAAACCUCACUGUUGUUGUUGUCACUCUUCCGUGCGUGAAUGCUUUGGUCUUUGUUGCUCCACCUUGUUCAAAAAUGAGUUCCUGUUCCUUUAAGGGAUGUCUCCAAAAUUCACCGUAGUGACAUUGCGUAUAUUCCAUAUUCAGAGAAAGUCCAGUGGCGGAGUGUGGAAUCUCCUACUGCGAGGGCAGUUCUCCUCUGGGUCCUGAGCAGAAAGCAGAACAUUCAUCAUGAGCACAGACAAACAUCCUGAAUUCACGUCGGCAGAGGGAGACGGGAUGGAGGUUUGCAGCAGCGGUGCAGACGUGAAGGCGCAGGAGGAGGAGGAGGAGAAGGAGGAUAGCUCAUUCAGUGAGAAUGGAACGCAGGGCGCUGAAGGUGUCAUGGAUCCACGUGUGAUAAAGACUGAGACCGAGGAGAUGGAAGAUAAUGAGCAGUGUCUCAAGGCUGAAAGGGAGAGGGAGCUUGUGCCUAAAGAGGAAGUGGAGGGAGCGAGUGAGGACGGGAUGGAGGAGGCGUUUGAUGAGGAGAGGACAGAGGAGGAUAACGAUGAGGAGAGGGACGCGGAGGGGGAUGAAGAGGGGGACGGCCUGAAUGAGCCGCAGGACCUCUCGCUGGUGGACUACACGCGUUACGACGGCGGGCAGCUGCCAGACGCCCACGCCGCGGCAGCGACCGAGGGGACCUACGCUCCUGGAAGCGCGGCCCCCCGCACCUCGCCGACAGGCAAGCUCAGCUGCGACAUCUGUGGCCUGUCCUGCAUCAGCAUUAACGUACUGCUGGUGCACAAGCGCAGCCACACGGGGGAGAGGCCAUUCCACUGCACUCAGUGCGGAGCCUCCUUCACCCAGAAGGGAAACCUGCUUCGCCACAUCAAACUACACUCCGGAGAGAAGCCUUUCAAAUGCCCGAUGUGCAGCUACGCCUGCCGACGACGCGACGCUCUGAGCGGGCACCUGCGCACCCACUCUGUGGAGAAGCCCUUCAAGUGCAACCACUGUAGUCGCAGCUACAAGCAGCGGAGCUCCCUCGAAGAGCACAGAGAGAGGUGCCAUGUGUACAUUCAGAGCAAAGGUCUAGCCGAGAGAGAGGACAGCCACACAUCCAGGACCCAGAUGGGGACUGAGCGCGCGCUGCUGCUCGACAGGCUCGCCAGCAACGUUGCCAAACGGAAGAGUUCAAUGCCACAGAAGUUCACAGGCGACAAUGGCGUGUGCCUGGACCUCAGCUUUAACAGGGAGAUGAUCCAGCGAACCGACGCCAAGGACCCCCCGUCCGGUUCCCCGGGGCCCGACAACCACCACCAGCAGCAGCCCGUCCUCGCGGGCCCAGACAGCGACCCGCCUCCCUCCCACAGGCCUUACCCCAUCCCUUUAGGCCGUAAUGACAUGAGCCCCAUGGGCCUCACCAAUGGCCACAAGAUGGGCAUGACGCUCAUGGGCCUCCCUCACGCCACCCAGCCGCCCCUCAGCAUGGACUCUUUCCACUCCGACGGCUCCCAGAUGUCCCAGCCCGUCAUGUACAACUUAGGGCACCUGCUCGGGGGUCUGAACCACCAGAACGGCAUCCCGCACCCGCACUCCCAGCCCAUGCCUCUGUCUCCUCUCGAGGCCUUGCGGGUGAUGCGGGCCGACGGCGAGGCCGGGGCGCUGCCCGGGGCAGUGUACCCCUGCGGGCACUGCAGGGUGAUCUUCCUGGACUAUGUCAUGUUCACCAUCCACAUGGGCUGCCACGGCUUCCGCGACCCGCUCGAGUGCAACGUUUGCGGCCACCGCAGUCGAGACCGUUACGAGUUCUCUUCCCACAUAGCCCGCGGUGAGCACCGCCUAGAACUGAAGUAGACGUCACCUCGUGCACAUUCUGGCUUAUGCGCACACACACGCACACACGCGCGCGCACACACACACACACACACACACAAAUGUGCUCGGGCAGAUACCUCCGUAUGAAGACACACUCAUAUAAGUAGCUGGCCGUGUCAGAAAUGAAAGCAUGAAGUAGCAGCCAUCUCUCUCUGUCUUUUGUGUGUGCACGAGUGUGUAUGUUCAUUGUGCAAGAGAAUGAGAUGGAGAGAGACGUUAUACACGUGUGACAGGCGUCGGGGUGUUCUUAGUCAUACUGUACUCAUCUGAAAAGAUGGUCUGUAAAGUGUUUAUGCGGGAGUAAUUCUACUUCCUUUUCAUGCAUGUAUUUGUACUUAGUUGUCUCCGCUCUAGCUGCUGUUUAUAAUACAAAGCCAUGCGUUCUUUCAAAUGUAAAAAAAAAAAAAAAUUGCAAAGACAAAUGCAUUUACUGUGUUUUUUGUUGUUGUUUUUUUUUUACCUGUGUAAAGUUGUAAAAAUAAAACCCUUCCUUCGUCACGCAUGCACUACUG